AAUUGUUUUCUGCAAGGGGCUGGAAAACAGAGUCCAAAUUCAUAAAACUUGCACCUACUGACCCUUCUUACCUUAGUUUUUGAGCAUUUUCUUGCGCAGUGACUGCAGUGCUCAGAAUAUCUCCUAUUUCUGACCAUGGAGAAAGCUCUCCUGGUAGCCCUGCUGCUAGCUGGACACACAGCUCUGGGGGAGGUUUUAGUGGUUUUUUUGAAAAAUAAUUGAUCAGCUACCCAUCGAGAGCUAGUCCCAACCUGCAAUGCACUGAGGUUGUCCUCAUGUACCACUUAGUGCCACUUGGACUGUUGGCUCUUUAAAGCUGCCUUUAGGACUACCAGUGUAAUGAACGUGUGCUGGUGCUCUCUGGCAAGAUUUAUUUUUUUGCAGUGAUAGCAGUGUAACACUGUGUUAAAUGUGGUUUGUAUUCUAAAAGCAGGAAACUUUGUUGUCUUCUAAAGCAAAGGUUUACAUGUUUUCUGUCAUCUGUGGUAGCGGGUGCUAAACUCUUGCUGCCUGACCCCUGCUCAGUUACUGGAGGUAAUUAUAGAGCCUCUGUCAACGCAGCUCCUCCUGAAGCCUGUGCUUCAGCACCAGUGGAAGCCAGAUGUACUAUAAUGUCGCUUUUUACAGUUUGUUUUGGCCAUACAUGGGCAGAGUCAGCUCUGGAAUUCCUUCCCUAUAAAUUCAAUAGCAUCUUGUGGGUGGUGCUGGGGAAUCACUCUGGUCUGGUUGGAUCGCCUCGCCUCGGCAGCCUGUUCCCCUUGAAAAUGUCGUGCUUUGCACAUUCCUGAGAGGCUGCCUGCUCCUGGAGCGAUGGCUGCGGCUACCAGGAGGCUGUUGUCCUAUGCUGGCAGGCGUAGUCACUUCCCUGCUGCCUGCAGGUCAGCCGUUGCAGCCGAGGACUGAUGCUUAUGGGAGCAUUGGCACGGGAAUAUUGCUCUGGUGUGCAUGCAGGCUCUGCAGGGACACAUGUUUUACAAAGCACCAGCUCGAUGAGCCAGAUCAGGGGAGGUUUUCCUGUGCCAGCUUGUUGUGGUCAGUUUUCAGUUCUCUCUUGCUCUUGGACCUUGUUCUAAAUUUGAUCUGCUCGAGAGGGAAGCGUGUUAAUGAAGGAGCUUGCCUGAAUGUUGAGUACUUUGUAACUGGGUGUGCCUGAAUGCAUCAGCCUUUGGAUGUGAGCGUCUUCUCUUGAAACAGCCUCUUGAUACCCAACUGCCUGCUCUCUUGGGAGGUCCCUUGGAAGAGCCUGUCCGUACGUCUGUCGGGGUGCCUGAAGGGGCUGCCUUGCUUCCAGAUCUGAACCAUGUCCCACCCGUCCUGGCUGCCACCCAAGAGUACCAAUGAGCCUGUUGGUCAUGUUACUGCAAGGAUGGAGACCACGCACACCUUUGGGACUCCCAGCAUCUCAGUGUCUACCCAGCAGACUCCAAAGAAAUUUGCACCUGUCGUUGCCCCCAAACCAAAGUACAACCCAUACAAGCAACCGGGAGGUGAUGGGGACUUUCUUCCUCCCCCACCACCUCCUGUGGAUGACCUCGGGAAUAUCACAUCAUCACAAGGUGCCUUUCCUCCCCCACCCCCUCUGGAUGAUGUUACUUACAAUGUGCAGGUGAAUCCUGGUGGCAAGACGCUUGAAGAGAGGCGGUCCAGUCUAGAUGCAGAAAUUGACUCUCUGACCAGCAUCCUGGCCGACCUGGAGAGCAGCUCUCCAUACAAACCUCGGACUCAACAGGUCUCCGGGACCUCGAGCAGCUCCGCCGCCACCACCCCAUCCGUGUCCACCCCUGUUACUGGCCACAAGCGGAUGAUCAUCCCCAACCAGCCUCCGCUGACCGCCACCAAAAAGUCCACGGCCAAGGGCCCAGGGCAGCCAGCGCCCAUCCCGGUCACUCCUGUGGGCACCCUGAAGCCGCAGCCAGUGCCAGCCUCCUACGCCACGGCCUCCACACCCAGCCGCCCGACCUUCAACGUCCAGGUGAGGACGGCACAGCCCAGCCCGCACUACCAGCCGCCCGGCCCGCAGCCCGCGCACUAUGGCAGCCUCGGGCACGGCCAGCCCUACGCGGCCCCGCCGUCCCGCCAGCCCACUGCCCCGCAGUAUGGAGCGCCUCAGCCCCACGGGCCUGACUACGGCUACGCUCCACCGCCCGCCCGGCCUGCGGAGCCCGCCUAUGGAUACGCACCUCCGCAGGGCCGCUACCAGGACCCCUACUAUGGGGGGUACGGAGGAAGGAACGGCUCUGAAGCACCCUAUGUGCCACAGAGCUCCUGGAAGGCUGAGCCAGCGUAUCCUGCUAGUAACGCCAUGGGCCAGGCUCCUCCUGGCCUCUACCAGCCGCCAGGCACUAAGAAGACCUAUAUCACUGACCCGGUGCUGGCCCCGCAGCCACCCACCCUGCAGCAGAAGAGUGGAUAUCCAAGCUCUGGACCUGCAUCAAGCACUCCUUCCUUCAGGCCUGAGGAUGAGCUGGAACAUCUGACCAAGAAAAUGCUGUAUGACAUGGAGAAUCCUCCCUCUGAUGACUACUUUGGCCGCUGUGCCCGCUGUGGGGAGAAUGUUGUUGGAGAAGGCACCGGUUGCACGGCCAUGGACCAGGUCUUCCAUGUGGAAUGUUUCACCUGCAUGAUGUGCAAAAGCAAGCUGAGGGGACAGCCUUUCUAUGCAGUGGAGAAGAAAGCCUACUGUGAACCCUGCUAUAUUAAUACAUUGGAGCAAUGCAGUGUCUGCACAAAGCCCAUCAUGGAAAGGAUCCUCCGAGCCACUGGGAAGGCCUAUCAUCCCCACUGUUUCACCUGUGUGAUGUGCCAUCGCAGCCUGGAUGGGAUCCCCUUCACUGUGGAUGCUGGCGGGAACAUCCAUUGCAUCGAGGAUUUCCAUAAGAAAUUUGCUCCGAGAUGUUCUGUGUGCAAGGAGCCCAUCAUGCCGGCCCCAGGACAAGAGGAGACUGUACGCAUUGUUGCCUUGGAUCGUGACUUCCAUGUCCAGUGCUACCGGUGUGAGGACUGUGGUGGUCUCCUGUCUGAAGGGGACAAUCAGGGCUGUUACCCUCUGGAUGGGCACAUCCUUUGCAAGACCUGCAACUCUGCUCGGAUCCAGGCUCUGACUGCCAAGGCCAGCACUGAUCUCUGAGUAUCAACUGUGACCCUCCCCAGGAUGCCCAUCGGGGGAUAUUGCACAAGCUUUGCAUGAUUUCUUUCCAGGCUAGGGUCUGAAUCUCUAUUUAAAAAAAAAAAAAAAAAAAAAAAAAAGGAAAACUGGAAGG